GUUACAAGACCACCUCAAAAAAAGCCAGAAAAACCUCUGGCUAAGACAAAAUCCAAGGCCUGCUUCGGCCACUUGUACCUCGUGUAGUUGCUGUUGUACGUUUCGUUUCUUUGCUUUUGUUUAUGGAAAGUAAACACUGCCAUAUAGAGCGUACAGUAUUGAUUUCCAUUUGUCGAAACAGCGAAAGCUCAAUAUUGAAAAAUCUGUCUUUCCAAAAACCCAACCUCGCAUUUCAAGAGUUAGGGUUUUAGCCAAUCAGGUUCGGGUAUAUACAUUCACUGCGCAAGUGUGUAUAUAAUAUUUUAGGGAGAGACAGAGAAGGGGAAGGGGAGGGAGCAAUGAUGCUGUUUGGUUCUUGUUCUGUCAUGUGAAGCUACAGUGGUUGUCGCAGACUUGGCAUUUUGGAGAGAUUAGAGAGAGGGUGACGAUGGAGGAAGAAAUGGAGAUAGAGCCAGUUUUUGAGGUGCGAGAAAUUGAUCUGGACUACGAGUUUGACGCUGUUGGGUGGUUCGAUCUCAAGCGGGCGGAGUCUCCGGCCGAAGCUCGCGAAGCCGAGCUCUGGUUCGAAUCCGCCAAAAGUUAUCCGCCGUCUCCAUUUGUAGCAAAGUUGUUUCUGAGAGAAGAUGUUUCCCUUGGAAAUAUCAAGACCUCUCCAGAGUCAAAAGACGGGCAGGAGACAACUGCAUUGCUCAAUGAUGGAAACGUUAGAGGCUUAAGCGCAGAAUUUUCUCAUAGAGAUGGUAGUAACAGAGACUGUGGAAUGCAUAGAGGGAUAUUCACCAACUUACAGAGUGGCAAUUUGCAGAAGGUCCUGAAUCAGCCUGCAGAAUCAAGUAGAGGAUUGACAUGUAUCAGUAACAUUCCACAUAAUAAACUGAAUGGUAAAUCGAAGUCUGGUGCCAAGACAUUUUUAACUAGGAGCUCAACUUUGAUGAAACCAACAGCAAGUCAAUUGGCCAAACAAAAUCAUUCCAGGAUGCUUCAAAAGAUCAAAUUUUCCCCCAUAUCUUGUGUAACAAAGAAAAGUGGAAAGCAUACACUUGGGGCUUCACUCAGAUUUCAGACUCUUCUGGCUCAAAACGGGGAAAGAAGUUUGUGCAAUUCAUCUACAGCUGAAAGUCAAGCGGCCAAAAGGCAGAAGCUAGAGGGAGGUGUUCUCUGUAAGGUUGCUGAUGCAAAGCAGCAAGUCACUUUUGUCCACAAGGUCCCAAAAAAGGAUGUAACAGUCGAUAAAACUUCCAUGCUGGCGAGGAUGAAGAUCACCGUUCCAAGAGAGCCUGACCUUGAAACAGCACAAAGGUCACACAGGAUAAGGUCCAAGGAUGCUACAGAAUUAGUAAGUUUGCCGCCAGCUGCCCGCAGAUUUAAAGCACGCCCACUGAACCGAAAAAUUCUUGAGGCUCCUUCAUUGCCACUCCCAAAGAAGAGCACCCCAAGAUUGCCAGAAUUUCAAGAAUUUCACCUAAAGACCUCAGAGAGGGCUAUGCAACACUCAUCUGCUGUUUCGUCAUCUUCACUCAAUGCUUUUGAUAAGGGAUCAGAGAGACCUUCUAAUACUUCUGUUGUGGACAAGGGAAGCAGAGAAAACAGGAGACCAACUGCUGUAGAUGCCUCACACCAAGAUAGCUGUUAUGUAAAAUACAACUUUAAAGCACGUCCUCUUAAUAAGAAGAUACUUACAAGUAAAGGAGAUAUCGGCAUUUUCCGGAAUAGCAAGAGAGAAACAACAGUGCCUGUGGAAUUUAAUUUCCACACUGAAAAGAGGGUUAAUCAAAAUCUGCCAAUAGACCUUUUCAGUAAGCUGUCCCUGACAUCUCAGGUCCAGCCAAAUAAUGGACCUCAGUUGAAAUUGUCUCGACCUGCCUGUAUAUCUAUGAAGGGCUCAAAAGAAAACAUAUUGAAUUCUUUCCAAGCAGGGCAUGAGGUAACGAGUGAGAAAGAAACACAAGGUGGAAACCGGAUUAAUGUAGGGAAUGACAAUGCAGGAGUUGGUGCGCAGUGGAGUGCACGGAGGAGCUUGGGCAUCCGAUGAUACAAGAAGAGGACAGCUUGAGCAUAUGUUUUCUGUAUAUGGAAAUUGUGGAAGUCAUCUUUAGAAAUCAACAUUUAACCUUUGAAAAAACUCAUCUUAUAGGUUGACAUUGAAUACUCUCACAGUUCGAAGGCUUAGUCCAUUACCCAAAUAAAAUGUUACAAAGCCGGUGUUGUACAGCAAUGAGGGCAUUCUCAUAGUAAUACCAUCUCCCUGGUUCUUUUUCUCUUUUGUCGCACUGACGCUUCAUGAGAUGACAAAUGUAAGUUUAAACUCCUGAUGUUCUCUGGAAAGGAGAUAUGCGGAGCUCCUGCAGUAAAUAUAAUCGAGGAAACCCUAAUUUAUUACACUAUGCAGAAAUAUAAGAUACCUUGAGAGAAAUCUUACCAUUUCUUAGCAUGGAAGCAACCCUCUCAUCUGCCUCAUCGGUAGAAACUAAUUACAUACAAUUUAUGACAUUAAUGAAAUCAGAUUCAAUGAUCAAGUUCAUCAAAUGGAUUCUUAAUUGCUUUUGCUA